AUAUCUUCUGGGGUUGGGUUAUAGGACUCUUCCAUCCUAAUCUCAUCUCAUAUAUCUAUCUCUUACCUUCUUUAAUUAUAUAUAUAUAUAUACACAAACGAACCUAUUGCAAAUGGCUAACGAAAUUGAGAGAGUGUUUGGCUCUUUCAUUGCUGCUAUCACAUAUUGUUUCUUUAACUAUUGGGACAACCACAAAGCCAUCAACCACACUUACAUCAACCACAACAUCGAACACAAGAUGCCCAAGGGUCAUCCCCUUUCGUUGCAGACUGUUGAGCUCAAAGUGAGGAUGUGCUGCACUGGCUGUGAAAGAGUUGUUAAAAACGCCAUCCAAAAGCUUAGAGGGGUGGAUUCAGUGGAGGUGGAGCUGGAGAUGGAGAAGGUGACAGUGGUCGGAUACGUUGAUCGGAACAAGGUGCUAAAGGCGGUGAGGAGGGCGGGAAAGAGGGCUGAGUUCUGGCCUUACCCUGACAUACCUAUGCACUUCACAACGAGCGAGAAGUACUUCAAAGACUUGACCAGUGACUACAAGAAGAGCUACAAUUACUGGAGGCACGGCUACAAUGUCGGUGACAACUACGGGACCAUCCAUGCCUCUCACCGUGGGGAUGACAAAAUCAGCAACAUGUUCAACGACGAUAAUGUCCAUGCCUGUUGUCUCAUGUAAUUUUUAUUAACAAUAUAUGUACACUAUAUAUAUCACCAAAUAUGUCACAUAUAUAUAUAUAUAUAUAUAUAUAUAUAUAUAUAUGUAUGUAUCUACGUGUGUAACAUAAAAUAUACACAGAGUCUCAAGGUGCUUGUAUGGGUUAAGUAAUUAGUCACUUGAUUUGUGUAGCAUGCACAGCUUUAUAAUUACUUUGUUAUGUGCCUAAAAAUAUUAUGAUGAAUUAAGUUGUUUGACUUUUACACAAA